AUGGCUAGCAUCAAAGAGCGCCUGCAGCGGGCUUUUGACUCGCAGCACUACGAAGCCGACGACGAUAUUCCCUCCAUCUCCAAUGCGGACCUUUUCAUUGAGCGCGAGCCCACGGUGGCUGAAUUCAUCCAGGAAAUUACGCCCUCACGGCAGGCUGUCGGUCGCUACGUCUACAACCUGUUUCCGUUUAUCCAAUGGAUCGGCAAAUACAAUGUCACCUGGCUCAUUGGUGACCUCGUCGCUGGCAUCACUGUCGGAGCCGUUGUCGUCCCCCAAAGUAUGGCCUACGCCCAGCUUGCCCAGCUCCCCGUCGAAUUCGGUCUUUACUCGUCCUUUAUGGGUGUCCUGAUUUACUGGUUCUUUGCCACGUCCAAAGACAUUACCAUUGGUCCCGUCGCCGUCAUGUCACAAGUUACCGGAAACAUCGUUCUUCACGCCAAAGAUGUCAUCCCCCACGUCGAAGGUCACGUCGUCGCCUCGGCCCUCGCCAUCAUCUGCGGCGCCAUUAUUCUCUUCAUGGGCCUGGCCCGCCUCGGCUGGAUUGUCGAAGUCAUUCCCCUCCCUGCGAUUUGCGCCUUCAUGACCGGCUCCGGAAUCAACAUCAUCGCCGGCCAGGUCUGCAAGCUCAUGGGCAUUUCCGGGGUCAACACCCGCAACGCUCCCUACCGAGUCAUCAUCGACACGCUAAAGGGCCUGCCGCGAACCAAGAUCGAUGCCGCGCUAGGCUUGACCUCUCUCUUCAUGCUAUAUCUGAUCCGUGGUUUCUGCACCUACAUGGCAAAGAAGCAACCGCAGCGCGCCAAGACGUACUUUUUCAUCUCUACCCUGCGCACGGCGUUUGUCAUCUUGCUGUACACGGCCAUCAGUGCGGCCGUCAAUGUUCCCCGUCACAAGAAGCAUCUCAAGUUUUCUCUUAUCAAGGAUGUCCCCAGAGGUUUUCAACAUGCGGAGCCGCCUACCGUCAACGCAGAAAUCAUCAAGGCCUUUGCCUCGGAGCUCCCUGCUGCCAUCAUCGUUAUGCUGAUUGAGCACAUUUCCAUUUCCAAGUCUUUCGGCCGAGUCAACAACUAUGUCAUCGAUCCGUCUCAGGAACUCGUCGCCAUCGGUGUGAGCAACCUUCUUGGACCUUUCCUUGGAGCCUACCCCGCUACUGGAUCCUUUUCCCGCACUGCCAUCAAGUCCAAGGCCGGUGUCCGCACCCCUUUUGCUGGUGUCAUCACCGCAGUCGUUGUGCUUCUGGCUGUAUACGCCUUGACUAGCGUGUUCUACUACAUCCCCAACGCUGCGCUUGCUGGCGUCAUUAUCCACGCUGUCGGUGAUGUCAUUACCCCUCCCAAGGUUAUUCUUCAGUUCUGGCGCGUCUCGCCUCUUGAAGUCAUCAUCUUCCUGGCUGGCGUUUUCGUAACAAUCUUUACCGACAUAGAAAAGGGCAUCUACACAACAGUCUGCGUGUCGUUUGCCAUUGUCCUUUGGCGACUAUUCCUGAGCCGUGGCCGCUUCCUCGGCGUCGCACGCAUCCGUACCGUAGUCACCUCGCCCAACGGCUCGGUGACAGGUCUCGGUACGGAGAAGAGCCUCACUGAAGAUUCUGAAAAGUCACUUCGAACUGGAUUCCUCCCGCUUGACCACGAAGACGGCUCGAACCCUCGCAUCGAUCUUCAGCGCCCGUACCCUGGCAUCUACGUAUACCGCUUCGCCGAGGGCUUCAACUAUCCCAACGCAACGCGCUACUUGAACCACCUCACCGAGACCAUCUUCAAGGAGACUCGCAGGACCGACGUUACCCUGGUUGGCAAGAUUGGUGACCGUGCCUGGAACGACCCCACCCCUCGCAACGUCGAGAAGGAGCCCGUCGACGACACGCGGCCGAUCCUCAAGGCCAUUGUCCUGGACUUUUCCACUGUGAACAACAUUGACGUCACUGCUGCUCAGGCGCUGAUUGACGUGCGCAACCAGCUAGACCGGUAUGCCGCACCAGGCACGGUGGACUGGCACUUUGCGCACAUCGAGAACCGCUGGACCAAGCGUGCCCUGGCCGCUGCUGGAUUUGGCUACCGGUCGCCGAAGCUCAAGGAAGGCGACGCUGCUGGACAGUGGAAGACCAUCUUUAGCAUCGCAGACCUGGGUGGCUCCGACAGCGCGGCCAAGGCUGCGGCUCUCGACGACAAGGCUGCUGGUCGUGGAUCUUAUGACGUUGAAAGCAAGGUGGCUCCCGAUUCAGAGAUUUGGCCGGCUUCUGGUUCCGAAAACGAUGUGCCGAAGAACCCGGGCAGCGCUCGUCUGGUUGCUGUGCAUGGCCUGAACCGGCCAUACUUUCACUUUGAUUUGCAAGAGGCGGUGGAGGCAGCUGUUGCCAACGCUGAGCGGUGA